AUGGCAUCUUCUACAUUCACUACGUCGAAUGCCAUCGACAUGUCUAAGGAGCGCGAGUGGGCAGCCAACUUAGGCAUGCUUGAUUGGGACAAUACGCGAAUCGUCUUUACUAAGCGCUCGCUGCUUGAGUUCCUCAAGUCUGUUGGUGUUACCGUCGACCCCAACUUCACUAAUGUACAGAAACUGCCUCGGUACGCGCACUUCGGCACUUUGUCUGAAGAGUUCGUAGAGGCGGAAUCCGCUGAGGCUGAAGCUGCUUCGUCAGGUCUUCCUCAGACCUCGUACCGACCAUCCCGCCGUGUGCGUACUGCACCCGGUGGCUCUCAUUCAAAUAUUUUCGGUAUCGCUGAAGAUGACGCUCUGGCCAACGCCCCUACAACUCAGAAAACAGAGGUGGUAACCGAGAAGAGGGCGGAUAUCAAGCUUACGCCUGAAGAGGAUAACAAUGUCGAGCCAGAUGUAACUGUGCAAGAUAGCCGCCCAAAGAGCAAACGUACCACAUCAAGCGGCGUUGCCGGCCUGUGGGAUGCGCCUAACCCUGACGAAUUCAAACCGACACGUCGUGUCCGAGAAAGGCCGGGAGGAAAGGAUAGCAUUGCAGACCUCUUCUGA